UGGCCUCACGGGUAGCUGAGGUUUAGAGCCGGGCUCUGAUUGAAAAAUAUAAAGGCGUCCCAACGCGUUUAACUUUUAUACGUCUUUUUUCUCCUUUUCAAAAAUCUUGUUUUUAAGUACGCGUCCUUUCUCUUACUGUGCCAUAUAUAGGACAUAACUUGUUUUCCCCCCUGGAUUGUUUUCUCAGAUAAUUCUUUUGUUUAUAUUUUUAUUUUCUUCUGUGACGUUGACAGCGGUCGAGCGAUAUUUUGGACCUUACAGUAACCGCGGACUAUCUCCGGAUUUGCGCAAAAGCGUAGCAGCGCAGUUAAUAUCUUUGCCAGGGAAUCGAAGGGGAGCAAGAAGGAUCUGUGAGGGACCUCGUCUUUUAGGUAUGUCUGUAGCAGUCAGCGUAGGUCCAGACAGGUAACUAGGUGUGUUGUAAUCGUCACGGCGACGAUGAAGCUGUCGCUACUCGCCACUGUCGUCGCUAUCCUUGUGGCUGCGUCGACCUCGCAGGACAACGAGUGGCACUUUAACUCAGCUCAGUGCCGCUAUGCCCUGGGCAUGGAGGACGGCACCAUCCCCGACUCUGACAUCACCGCCUCGAGUGCCUGGUCGGACUCAACAGAGGCCAAGCAUGGCAGACUAAGCACAGGGGAAGGUGAUGGAGCCUGGUGCCCGGCCGGUUCCGUCUAUCCCAGCGGCUCCGAGUACCUGCAGGUGGACCUGCGCACACUGCACUUCCUGUCGCUGGUGGGCACGCAGGGCCGGCACGCCGAGGGCCACGGCCGCGAGUUUGCCCGCAGCUACCGGCUGCGCUACUCCCGCGACGGGCAACACUGGAUCACCUGGAAGGACCGCUGGGGGCAGGAGGUGGUGUCAGGGAAUGAAAAUACGUAUGACGUGGUGCUAAAGGACUUGGGCCCGGCCAUUGUGGCGCGGAUGGUACGCUUCUACCCUUUGGCCGACCGCGUGAUGAGCGUCUGUCUGCGGGUCGAGCUCUACGGAUGCCUGUGGGACGACGGCCUGAAGGCCUACACGGCCCCGGUUGGACAUGUCAUGAACCUCUCCGGGUCGCUGGUCCAUCUGAACGACUCCACCUACGAUGGCAGCACAGAGGGAGGGAUGCAGUUCGGGGGCCUGGGCCAGCUGUGCGAUGGCAUCCUGGGGGGUGACGACUUCAUCCAGAGCAAGGAGCUCCGUGUGUGGCCUGGCUAUGACUACCUGGGCUGGAGUCGUGACGCACUGGGCCAGGGUAGCGUGGAGGUGGAAUUCCACUUCGAGAGACCACGCAUCUUCCACAGCAUGCAGGUGCACAGUAACAACCGACACACCCAGGGGGUGAGAGUCUUCAGCAAGGUGGAGUGCUAUUUCAAGCCUGGGGUGCUGCGUCCGUGGCUGGCCCCGCCCCUGUCCCUCCCUGUGCCCCUGUCGGACCUAAAAGACCCCUCGUCUCGACCCAUCACCCUGCCCCUGGGAGGUCGCCCGGCCCAGUUCCUGCGCUGCCACUUCUCAUUCUCGGACCGCUGGCUCCUCAUCAGCGAGAUCUCAUUCUACUCUGAACCCUAUGAGGCACCAACUACUGUGGCCCCCGGUCCCUCUUGGCCACCCACUGCCCCCAGCCCUGCAAGCACCGGACUCGGCACUGACCCCCCCACCACGCACGCUGUGAACAACACCACAGACAACAGCACGCUGUCAGAGAUGGGAAAAUCCCCAAGACCCGGCAUGCCCGUCGCCAAGGACGACAGCAGCGACACCUCCAUCCUGAUUGGCUGCCUGGUGGGAAUCAUCUUACUGUUACUGGCUGUAAUAGUUUUCAUUCUUUGGAGGCAGUACUGGAAGAAAAUACUCGGCAAGGCCCAGGGUAGCCUCUCUGGUGACGAGCUGCGCGUGCACCUCUCAGUCCCCUCGGACAACGUGGUCAUCAACAACACGCACAGCUACUCCAGUCGCUACCAGCGCAUACACACCUUCCCCAAUGACCGGGACCGCGAUGGUGACGCCGAGUACCAGGAGCCCAGUGCGCUUCUCCGGUCCAGGGGGGACCGCGACAGCACAGCCCUGCUGUUAAACAACCCAGCCUAUCACGUCCUACUGUCUGACCAGAGGCAUGCCAAGAACUGGCCACACGGAUGCACGAGUGUGCCGGAAAAGAUGCACAAUGUAAAGCAGGGCUGUGGGUUUGACCUGGAUGAGAAGGCUGUACCCACGCAGGAGGAUCCACCCCCUUACCCCGGAGCCCCGCCCCACCCUCAGUUACCCUCAGUUCCCCCACCUCUCUCACUGCCCCUGGGUGCCGCCAGCGUGCCCCACUACGCCGAGGCCGACAUUGUUAGCCUCCAGGGCGUCAGUGGGAACAACACCUACGCCGUCCCUGCCCUCUCUGCCCCAACGGACUGCCAUCCGCUUCCCGAGCUGCCUCGUCAGUAUCUCGUCUUCAAGGAGAAGUUGGGAGAGGGGCAGUUUGGAGAGGUCCACCUGUGUGAGAUCGAGAACCCGCAAGACCUGCCCAGCCUGGAGUUUCCCUUUAACGUGAGGAAAGGGCGACCUCUGCUGGUGGCGGUGAAGAUACUGCGGCCCGACGCCUCUAAGAACGCCAGAAAUGACUUUUUGAAAGAGGUUAAGAUCCUGUCUCGACUGAGGGACCCGAACAUCAUCCAGCUGCUGGGUGUGUGUGUCAGCAGCGACCCGCUAUGCAUGGUGACUGAGUACAUGGAGAGCGGGGAUCUCAACCAGUAUCUCUCCAGCAGGGUCCUGCUGGACAAGGCGGGACCCUCGCACCAUGCCCCAACCAUUAGUUACCCCGCCCUCAUCUCCAUGGCCAGUCAGAUUGCCUCCGGCAUGAAGUUCCUCUCCUCCCUGAACUUCGUGCACCGCGACCUGGCCACCAGGAACUGCCUUGUUGGUGGGGAGCGCGACCAGGUUGGGGGCGAGCGCGAGAUUAAAAUCGCAGACUUUGGGAUGAGCAGGAACCUGUAUGCUGGGGAUUACUACAGGAUCCAGGGGAGAGCCGUGCUCCCGAUCCGCUGGAUGGCCUGGGAGUGCAUCCUCAUGGGAAAGUUCACAACAGCCAGUGAUGUGUGGGCAUUCGGCGUAACACUGUGGGAGAUGCUGAAUGUGUGUCAGGCACAACCGUACCCCACCCUGACAGACGAGCAGGUCAUCGACAACGCAGGCGAGUUCUUCAGGGACCAAGGCCGGCAGGUGUACCUGAACCGGCCGGCCGUGUGCCCACAGGGCCUCUAUGAGCUGAUGCUGAGCUGCUGGAACCGGGACUGCAAGCUGCGGCCCUCCUUCACCUACAUCCACUCCUUCCUGACGGAGGAUGCCAUGAACAUGGUCUAAGUAGCAGGAGGGGGUGUGACAUGGGGGCCAUGAGUGCAGCACACAGAGAGAGGUGGGCGGCUGAGGUCUGCCGCAUGUUUUUUUUUUUGGGGUGGGUCUGAAACACCGCUGGCUCGGUUACAAGCAGACCCCCCCCCCUUUCUGCCUACAGAAAAAACUAGAUUUGAAUGUAACCGCAAUGCUGGGUGAUGGGAAGUGGGUGUAUAUCUGCAUAGCGCGAGCCGGGCUGUGAACAGAGUUCUUUUUACUUGCACCAGUGUAAAUGUGUACUGUAUGAGGUCUUUAUCUGAAUAUAUUGAACUGAAACGUGAUUAAAUCGGCAGAAUGAGAUGUAUGUAAUAUCCGAUAAAACAAUAACCAAAAAAAAUUGAAAAUUAAAUUAACAGUUACCCUCGGGGCCGUCGCGGAAUAGCAGCAGCUUUAAUCUGAUUUCUCUUGUCGUGGCAUUGAGAAAUUAGGUUAGCAGACUAGCUGAGGGUUUCUCCACUGCGGUUUGCGCGUGGAGAGCAUGGUGUACUCCCGUCACGCUAGUAACACAUUAGCUACCUACUGUAACAUAGUUCACUAGAGCUUCUGUUGCUAUUGCUGAUUCAAAGGCUAACGGUGGAGGGUUAUUCUGGUUCUGUACUUUUAAAACGCAGCCACGCUGUACCUUUUGGGGAAUUUCAAAAACAUGUCAUCGCCAGUAUGUUAACCUAGUGGCAUGCGGUAUAUCCCAGCGCCCGCUGUGCCAAAGCGCCAUGGCCGAGGUAUUAAGCAUUAAUCCAUCACACGCCAAUCUCAGGCCAGACCCAAAUCAUAAACUGCAGCAUGACGUAAUCCUAGAUUGACGACAGCUUUGGGAACAGACUGGAGGAUGAGUUGGUUCUACACGUGGACUGGGAGCCGUACCUGAUCUCCCCUUGGGGAGGUCCCCUCUGGAUUGGCCCUCGUGUGGAGAAAACAGCAUAUGCACUUUGCAUGUCCCCAUUGUUUGGGAGAAGAUGGGAGAGACGACCCAGAUUUUGUGCUGACGUGUCCCAGGGCUGUGUACGUCGCUAUCAAGUCCUCUGGUGCUCGGCACAGAUGUGCCACAUCUGUACAGGACACGUUAAAUGUACAAGCACUACUGAAAUCUCAGUACAGAUCUUUCUAACCCUGCUAUGCCCCCAUGUUUGUAGGGGGCACUCCAGGACCUGGGUGGAAGUGAGGGCAACUGGCACUAUAUGGCCAAAAGCAUGUGGACACCAACUUGUCCAACAUUUCAUUCCAAAAUAUCGGAUUUAAAUAUGAAGUUGGUCACACUUUCCUGCUGUAAUAUCCUGUGCUCUUCUGGGAAGGCUUCCCAAUAAAAGCUUGUAACAUUGCUGGUGGGAUUUUCUGCCAUUCAGGGUGGGUAAUGAUGCAGAGUGAUCUGGUCACUUAAGAACAUACGAAAUUUACAAACGAGAGGAGGCCAUUCGGUCCAUCAAGCUGGUUUGGGAAAAGGAGUUUGUGUGACUGAUGAUUUCACAGCAGAAGAUGUUUCCACUUCACAAUGACCUCACUUACAGCCCACCAGGGCAGCUCUAGCGAGCCAGAUCUGGUGAACUGACUUAAUGGCAUCCUGUGAUGGUGCCACGUGGAAAGUCACUGGUCUGAUCCCAGUCUCCACAAUCAAGGAUGCACAUAUUUUGAGUUUUUGCUUAAUGAUGCCAUUUUGACAAAAAAGAACCAUUUGAUAACUACCUCUCAUCCACUCAAAGGCUAGAGCCUGGAUUCAUAUUAGGCAAUCAGUCCCUGAAAUGUCUAGGCUGUGAAAAAAGUACAAAUUUCAUCGUAAAAUGUCCCAAAUCCACAAUAGUAAGGAACAUGUUUUGAUGUCGUCAAGGUAACAUCACAACAUACUGUCCCAAUCCUACUUAUACUAUUUCGGACCCUUGCAGCCUCUCACACUCGGUCACUUGCCAGGUGAUGUCAGUUAAGUCUGUGAGGGUUCAGAGCAUAGACCCCAGGAGGACAUUGGGAUUGAGCCGUUAGCACCUUCUGUAAAACCACCCCUUCUGCCGUUUGUUGCAGGAGAUCGCGUGACUUUGUGCUUAAUUAUACACCUGUGUCAGCAUUGGGUGUGGCUUAAUUAGGCAAUUCCGCUAAUUAAUAGGGGUGUCCACAUACUUUUUGCCGUGUGGUGAGCAUAAAAUUAAAAUAAUCCCAUUUUGGAGAGAUCAGUGGAACAGCUUGUCCGUGCGUUAGUUUCAUUUUUGAUACACUGUACUUCCCUAAACAUUUUUUAUAAGACAUGUAUCGUCCUCAGUCUUUAAACCAGAACUAAUAUGUAAAUAUACAAAAUGAUCUUUUUCCUUCACUAAUAUAUGAAAUUUGAUAUUUUGGGUCUUCCCAUUUUGUUGCCGUUUUCUUUCUCUGGUGUACUUUUUGUAGAUGAAUUAAUAAAGCGACCUUUUCAGAUAA